AUGAGCGGUGGUGGAGCUAGGGUUUCAAUUCCGAGCAACGUGAGGAAGAUGAUCCAGAACAUAAAGGAGAUCACAGGCAAUCACAGUGAUGAGGAGAUUCAUGCAAUGCUCAAGGAGUGCUCUAUGGAUCCCAAUGAAACCGCUCAAAAGCUUCUCUCUCAAGAUACUGGUGGUGGAAGGAACUCUGCUGGAAGGGACAAUGUAACCAACUAUGCUGCAGAGAAGGGCACUGGCUCUUCUUUGUCAGCAUCAGAAGAGAAAAGUAAAGAAACUACUCCAUCAGCAAGCUUGGCUGUAGUUGUGGCCAAUGGUCCAACUGGUGUUGUUUCUGGAAACUCUAGUACAACGCAUACCUCCAAUUUACCUACAGGAAGCAAUCAACAUGAAGUGACUUCAUCUUCUGUUGGUGUUAAUAAGGUGGGAAGGGCAGUGUCCAUCGAUAUUGAUAAAGCCCCCACUAUUGCAUUUGGAACUGGGGACACAUGCACGGAGUCUAUGCCCAGCUCUAGUAACUCCUCAAUGUCUGUGACUCCAGCAUCUUCAUCAACAGUCUGCUUCUCUUCGUCAGAUCCUGUAUUAAUACCUUAUAAUGAAUCUCGCCCCCCGGUACAGUGGGUACAAUUAAACGUGAAGUGGGGAUCCAUCGAACUGGGGGUGAAUCAAACGCAGUUAUUCCUUCAGAGAAAUCAGAUUGAUGUCCCUUUUAUGCAAGGGAAAAUACCAAGCAAAAACCAAGGAGUUGGGAAGAGCCAGCUAAGUGAGUCUGCCCAACCUUCAUUUGCAUCAAUCCAUUCUUCUGGUAGCCGACCUUCCUCUAACUACAGUAGCAGGUCACAACAAAUAAUCGGCCCUCAAAAAGCUGGCUCUAAUAAGGAGUGGAAGCCAAAGUCCACAAACCCUAAUGUAGCACAGGAGUCUGGAACAGCUGGUUUAUCUGACAUUUCUAGUAUUCCACUUGAAGCCAGUGGCCAUUCACAGCCUUCAUCAGGUGUCCUUGAUUCAGAAGAAGCAACUGCUAAACUGCAGAAGAAACUGGAGGAUUUGCAUCUUCCACAGCGUCAACAUGUUAUCAUUCCUCACCAUAUCCAUGUUCCUGAAUCUGAAAGGACAAAAUUGAGUUUUGGAAGUUUUGAUGCUAGUUUUGGAGUGACACCAAGCUAUGUUAGCGCACCAGAGAGUGAUAAGAGUUCUACACCUGUGUCUGAAACUUCUCAGGGUAUUGAAGAACCUGUGGAGGAACAAGCUGAAAGCAAUCAAAAUACGCUGGUGACUGCUGAGGAGGGAAUUUAUCCUGAUCAUCCACAAUCACCACCUUCACAUGUCCCUGGAAAUUUAUCAGCUGAGGGUGAUGUUUCAUCGAACGCAGUGCCUGAUUACGAGUCCAAGCAGGAGGCUGCAUUGCUCUCUGGAGGCCAUCCAUACUCGGUGGUUCAUACUUCUCCUAGCUACAGUUUUGGUUUUGUGCCUCCAAUGAUAGGUAGUCAGAUUGCAUCAUUUGAGAACUCAGAAUCUCAAGCACGUGAUGUUUCUCGCCUUCCUAGCUUUGUGGUCCAGCAACCAUUUGACCCUACGAGUUAUUACGCCCAAGUUUAUCGUUCAAGUGCUGAUAGUGAUGGUCGUGUUUCUCCCUUUCCUGCACCUGGAGUUGCUUCCAAAUACAAUGGAAAUGUUGCAGUCUUGCCUCCUCAUUCUUCUCAGUCUCCCCAAGAGGGAAUGAAUUACAUAAAAAGGGGUGUUAAGGUUGGGCAUUUAUGGGAGGUUUGUGGAUACAAUUUCCGAGCUGAUAUAAUUCAUUUGGGCAAUAAGAGAAAGAAGGCAUUAACUGUGCGGUCCAAGGUCGUAUUUGGAAGCUUUUAUCAUUUACUGAACCCAGUUCCGAGUUUCACUGAGGGUGGGAAUUCUUUAGUUCUAUCCACUGCAGGUCCCACUCCUCUGGUGACUCAAGCAUCUGGGCUCAUGCAAAGCUCCAUUGCUGUGACUCAGCAACCUGUACCUGUCUUUCGUCCACCAACUGGGUUGCACAUAUCCCAUUUUCCUCCAAACUACAUCCCAUACGGCCACUACUUCUCCCCAUUUUAUGUCCCUCCUCCAGGCAUCCACCAAUUCUUAAGCAAUGGUGCAUUCCCACAGCAACCUCAAGCUGGCAGCGUGUAUGCACCACCAUCUGCAGCAGCCACGGGGGUCAAAUAUUCACUGCCGCAAUACAAACCUGGAACUAACACAGGAAAUGCAACUCACAUUGGAAUGCCAAGUGGUUAUGGACCCUAUGGCUCCUCUCCUGCUGGUUAUAAUCCCAGUUCUGCGGCUACAGGAGGAAACUCAACCACAAAUGAGGAUCUUGGUGCAUCUCAGUUCAAGGAAAGUAAUGUCUACAUUACUGGGCAACAGUUGUGGGCGAUUGUGACUGAGGGUUCGGCUGUGUGGAUUGCUACUCCUGGACGAGACAUAUCUAGUUUGCCAGCAAGCUCCUUCUACAACCUUCCUCCUCAAGGUCAGCAUGUGACUUUUGCACCAACUCAGGCUGCCCAUGGCACCUUUACCAAUAUCUAUCACCCUGGGCAACCAGCAACUGCAGCAACCGUUCACCCACUUCUGCAACAGUCACAGGCCAUGGGUGGAGCUGUUGAUAUGGUAGGACCUGGGGCCAAUGUUUACCAGCAGCCUCAGCACCAACAGAUCAACUGGCCUAGCAACUACUGA